AUAAAACAAAAUUUUUACUAUUGUUAAAAAGCCUUUUUUGUUUUUGUCGUUUAAUUAAGAACAUGGAAUUUAAAUUUAUUCAUAAAGAUUAUUCUUCGAUUGAGUUAAUUUGUUCGGCGGAUUGCCGUAAAAGUGAAAUAUCUGUGGCUGUCGAGAUUUGUCAGUUGUGCGACUGUACGAAACGGCCGUUCUACUGUCAGAAGUGUGUCAACAAUGGAACCUUCACCAGAUCUUCCCAUCAGAACAACUUGUCGCAGGCUAUUAAAAAUUUAGAUUAUCGUGAAGCAAAGAAGUUGUGGGAGACAUUGAAAUCCGAUAACAAUGAACUGAAGAAAAAGAUUGAGUCAUUAUUAGCAAAACAAAUUGAGGAAAAGAGGAAAAAAUUGGCUAUAACAUCGGCCAGACAAAAAUUAACAUUCUUGAAGACUGCACUCACAUGCUUGAAAACUCAAUACAAUAAAGAUCGAUCAAAUUUUAGUAAAUUAAGAUCCGACAGAGAAAAAACUCAAAAAGAUAUUACGUUGGUACGAGCCAAGUUUGCAAAUAUUCAGAAGGUGAAGAGGGAAUUAGUGGAUAAGCAUGACAUGUAUGCUGACAAAUUCAAAAGAGCAAGGAAGGGUUUGAUUGAAAUACGAAGAUUGUACGUCAAACAACUGGUUGAAUGUCUCUUUCCCAUCACUACGUAUAAGCCAACUAGUGAUUCCACUGACUCUCUGAAUGGUAGCAACACAUUGAUAAGCCUGUUGAAAGAUGCUCAAUUCACAGCAUAUGUGGGAGGAAGAUGGGUCUAUGCUGAUUCAGGCUGGGACCAGAUGUACAAAGUUAUUGAAGCGUCACUUCCAGGGAAUGGUGACUAUGUGGCUUACAUGCAUUCAGGUGGAGCUAAUGAUCCUCUAUUGCAAAUACAUGAAGAGCCAAAAACAGCUGCUCAGUGGAGUGUUUGUGCUGGAUUGUCUUUCCUAUCUCAACUGGUUUUCUUCUGUGCAUAUUUCCUUGGCUAUAAACUUCCAUAUUCCAUGCAUUUCAAAGUCUUUUCUGCUGAAAACUUGAAAGAGGAGCAAUUAGUAAGGUAUGCGAACAGGUUGAACAAGAACAUUCUACACUUUUGUUUGUACGAGCAUGUGGACAGGUCCAAACUCCAGGGCAUGCACACCGUUAUCAACAUCCUUCAUCUCAUCAGGUCCCCACACCUUGGCUGUGACGCUCUGUUCAAUGAUCCAUAUGGAGAUGACUCGAUGGAGAGAGUUGGUGAGGAUGCAGGAGGCUCGAAAAACAAUAAUGACCUUCAUAAAAAUCCUUGCCAUGAUAGCAUAUUUGCAUGCUUCAAUGAUUGUGAUGAUGACGACGAUGACGAUUAUGUUGAUGACUUCAAAGCAGCCCCCGGCAGAGGUUCUGUUAUAAAGGUGGUUGACAAAGACUGGGAAUUUGUAUCCGCAACAUUGCCUCACUCCGAUAUCUUUUGUCAGCAGGAGAGAUCGUCGAGUUUUAUUUCGUCAAUCUUCAAAGCCUUUGGUGUUUCUUCUCCUAAUUAACCUCGCAUGAUGAUGCAAUCAACUUGUUUGUUGUUCAAACAAUUGUUGAGUUUUUCACACAUGUGUUUGUACAUCUGUAUUUAACGCCCGUGUAUAUACAACAGCUGUAUUUAAAACUGAUUUUAAUCAAAUAGACUGUUUCAAAUAGGAUGAACUUUUAGCCUGAAAAUAUUGAAAAUGUAAGCUUAUAUAUAAUACUUUUUUGUUUAGUAUUUUUGUAUUUAAAAUCUAACAUUAUCAUGAUUAUUUUCGUUUGAAAAUCAACACAUAUUAACAGUUUCUUUUUAAGAUACUUCAUUUUUUUUAAAUAGUAAUUUGCACUAAAUUUUGUUUAUUACUAUUAAUAUUAUUUUAUAACGUUUUUUUGACAUAACAUUUUACAUCUUAUCCAUCCGACUACAGUUUAUCGUCAUCGCAAACAUAAUGUUUUAUGUCUCUGUUUUAUUCUGGCAUAUGUUAUCAUAUGCAAAAUUAGAAGUAAUAAUACAAUAAAAAAAAGAAUAAACGUUAUAACACGGGGU